AUGGCAGAAAUAAUACACGAAGAUAAGACGACCAAAAAUGAGGAUAAAGUGGGACUUAAAAUAAAUAGCCUAGUGCUAAUGCAGCCUGAACAGAAGCCAAAAAUAGAUGAUUCAUUGCGGACGAAAUCUAAACAGUUUGGCACAAAGAAAUCUUACAGUUAUAGUGGUGUGAACAAAACAUUAAAAUGCGGCGAUUCGGAACAAAAAUGCACAAAGCAUUCUGAAUCCAUUUCAGUUUUAUUUCAAAUACCGCUAAAAGAAUCCGAUGAAUUAGAAGCGAAAAAUGUUCAACAACUCUUGGAUGUAGAGCGUACUCCUAAUGAGUCUGAAUCUGUUCAAGUAAUGAUCAUAUCUGAUGAACAGCAAAAAGCGGCAAAUCAUCGGGAAGCUUUAUUGGAGGAAAUUAAAGCAAAAGAAGGUGAUUCAGAAGAGACAUCUGAAAUCGACAAAUCAGAAACUGGCGUUGAGGAAAAAAAUUAUGAAUUUGAUUACAAUCGUGGGAAUCGCAGUAUUACUCUGCCAACCAUUGGUACGAUGUUAUCAUUGCGAUUGGAAUUUGCUGAAAGUC